AUUUCCUCCGAUGUUUCCUGGCCUUCCUGAGCUGCAUUUGUGAACUCUACUUCUACAAGGCUGUGUGCAAGAAGUUUGGGCUGCACGUGAGCAGGCUGAUGUUGGCCUUCCUGGUGCUCAGCACGGGCAUGUUCUGUGCUUCUGCAGCUUUCCUCCCCAGCAGUUUCUGCAUGUACACCACGGUGGUUGCCAUGACGGGCUGGUACAUGGACAAGACCUCGGUGGCAGUGCUGGGGGUGGCUGCUGGAGCCCUGCUGGGCUGGCCCUUCAGUGCAGCUCUGGGGCUUCCUAUUGCCUUUGACUUGUUGAUCCUGAAGCGGAGGUGGAAGAGUUUCCUGAGCUGGUGUGUGGUGUCCUUGAUCGUGUUUUUGGUGCCCUCGGUGCUGGUGGACAGCUAUUACUAUGGGAAGCUGGUAGUGGCACCUCUCAACAUUGUUCUGUACAAUGUCUUCACCCCCCACGGCCCUGAUCUCUACGGUACAGAACCCUGGUCCUUCUAUUUCAUCAACGGUUUUCUGAAUUUCAACGUGGUGUUUGUGCUGGCCCUGCUGGUGCUGCCUCUGACCUGUCUGAUGGAGUUUCUGCURCAGAAAUUCCCCGUUCAGAAUCUGGGCCGUCCCUACUGGCUGACCCUGGCUCCCAUGUACAUCUGGAUCCUGAUUUUCUUCAGCCAGCCCCACAAAGAAGAGAGGUUCCUCUUCCCCAUCUAUCCCCUCAUCUGUCUCUCUGGUGCUGUGGCUCUCUCUGCUCUUCAGAAAUGUUACCACUUCAUCUUCCAGCGCUACCGCCUGGAGCACUACACGGUGUCCUCCAACUGGCUGGCCCUGGGGACAGUCUUCCUCUUUGGCCUUUUGUCACUGUCACGCUCUGUUGCCUUAUUCAGAGGCUACCACGGGCCCCUGGACCUGUACCCCGAGUUCCACAGGAUUGCCACUGACCCCAGCAUUCACACGGUGCCUGAGGGCAGGCCUGUCAAUGUCUGUGUGGGCAAGGAGUGGCACCGCUUCCCCAGCAGCUUCCUCCUGCCUGACAACUGGCAGCUCCAGUUCAUCCUGUCAGAAUUCAGGGGCCAGCUGCCCAAACCCUUUGCCAAGGGACCCAUGGCCACACGGAUCAUCCCCACGGACAUGAAUGACCAGAACAAGGAGGAGCCAUCUCGAUAUAUUGACAUUUCCAAAUGCCACUACCUGGUGGACCUGGACACAGCAGCCGAGACCCCGAGGGAGCCACGCUACUCCUCCAACAGAGAGGAGUGGGUGACCAUUGCCUACAAGCCAUUCCUUGAUGCUUCCAGGUAG